UGCCCCCUCGUGAGAAGCGUUUCAUUUUGGAUUCUUGUUUUGUUAUAGUGUUUCUAGUUCGUGUUUUAUUGUUAUUAUCCCCAUCGUGGGUCUUUGUUUUGUGUUUUAUUAAAUCAUUAUUUUGUGAACCCUUUCCCUGCUGCCUGCGCUUGGGUUGUCACCCGUGAUGAUAAGAAAGAACCGGAGAUCAUGAAAGUUCAAAGGGAAAGGCCGUGUCUCAAGGUGCUGUUUACUGGUCUGUGUCUGGGAAUGAUGUGUUUCUUGGUUAUGUGGUCUUGUUUGGGUGAAGAAAAAGAGAAACAACCUCCACACAGCCUUUUGUUUCAGCACUUUGCAAAACUUCACAACUCCACAAACUCCGUCACCUCUCCUGCUGACAGUGUCUUAGAAAUCCCUUCAGAAGAGUCUGAGUCACUCACAAGCUCAUUUUACUCUGAAUUUGGAAUCAGUUCAGAACGUUACUCCAGUUUACAGCAGGAUCUCUACUGGGCCGGACCAGACAGAUCCAUUACAAAUGUGUCCGUGAGUACAAGUCCAGCUCACUCCACAUUCAUCAUCCAGAACCUGAAAGACAGCUACCAACCAGGAGAGGAGAUUUCUGUUAGGAUCCAGGCCAGAGAUUUUAACAAUAAUUCCAAACCUUAUGGAGGAGACUUCUUUCAAGCCAAGCUGUUCUCAUCUAAAAAGGCCAGUGUGUUUGGGGAGGUGAUGGACUUGCUCAACGGCUCUUACUCGGUGCGUUUUCUUCUGCCGUGGGUGGGACAGGCACAGGUGGCUGUGCGUCUGAUCCACUCCAGUGAAGCUGUGCAGGUCCUCAAGCAUCACAGAGACACUGAUUCUGACAGAGUUUUCUUCAAUGGAUAUUUUGAAGGACCAGGACCGGAUGGGCACAGACUUAAGGAAAACGUGAAGUGUAAUGUGAAGUGGGACAAGAAUGGACUGGAGAACAAGGGAACUGGAGACUGCUGCUGUGAAUACAAAGAUUCUCGUAGUGGAGAAGAAUGGCGCUGCCAGAAACCCAAAUCUCUGCCAUGCAGCGCCCGUGUGUAUCACUCCAUGGGAGGAUAUAUCAAAAGUGUGACUGCCACAGAAGCAAAGUUUAUGCAGCAAACCAACAAAGGUGUCAAUGGGCAAAACAGCAUCUUAAUUAUUCGUCCCUCUAAUGAAAGUGCAGGAAUUGACUUUAGAGAGAAAUGUCGCCCUGGUUUGCACUCACCAGUUCCAGCUGGCUUUUACCUGAAUGAUGUGUGGACUUCCUUCGUCUGUAAAACUCGUCAAUUUGCCCCCAAAACAACAACAAAAUGCCUAAAAGACAAACACAUCUACAUGAUGGGAGAUUCUACUUUGAGACAGUGGUUUGAGUUCUUGCUGAAAGCUGUACCAAGUCUGAAGCAGAUGAAUCUGCACGUUCAGUAUCAGGCAGGACCUCUUCUGGCAGUGGAUGUGAAGAACAACAUUGACUUACACUGGAGAGCUCACGGUGUUCCUCUGCGGUGUCUGAAAACUGAAAUAGCUAAUCUGCACUACAUCAGUAAUGAGAUUGAGGAUCUGGCUGGAGGACCUCACACUGUCAUUGUCUUUAAUCUGGGACCACACUUCACCACAUACCCUCUGGAUUUCUUCACCCGCAGAGUGUUGAGGAUCCGCAAAGCUGUUGUAGAUUUAUUACAGCGAGCACCAGCAACUGCUGUGGUCAUCAAAACUGUCAAUACUGGCUAUAAGGACGUGUUUGGCAGUGACUGGUAUUCUCUUCAGUUGGACAGAAUUCUGCGGUGGGCUUUUCAGGAUGUUGGUGUUUAUAUUUUGGACGUAUGGCAAAUGACAGCCUGUCACUACAACCGAGAGAACAUUCAUCCAGGGCCAGUCAUCAUCAAAAAUGAGAUGGACAUUUUUCUAUCUUUCAUUUGCCCUGAAUGAAUAGACAUUAUUUGACAAUUAACAAUUGACUUUUCCCCAACAACUGCUACAAAAAUGCCAAAUUAUGUGUCAUGUAUUUAAAUAGACAAAUACUAAAAACUGACAUCUACUGAAAGUCAGUAGUUCAUACAGGACAUCCACACAUCGGAGAUAAAAACAAAUAGUUGCCACUACUUUUCUGGAUGUUUACAUCCAAAUGUAUAUAUGAUUCUUUUCAAAGAAAGUAUCUUAAAAUGUCACAUCAUAUCUGCUCUGAUACCAUGGUCUGUUAGAAUACUGGAUUGUGAUUGGAUGGAAGGUGUGUGUGGUGCACCCUUACGUGAGAACACAGUAACCAUCAGCGUUUUAGUAGAAUUGAAACUUUUAUUUAUGAAAACAAUAUUAGUUUGGGGGGGAACCAAACAAAGCGGAACCAAAGAGUAGGUAUCGUUGCACCACGUUACCUAGAUGACGGACGCCUUCCUCUUCUCUCAGACAGAGAUUCGGAGACGAAGAUGGCGGUUCGCUUUUUCACUCACUAAUUCUGUGAUUCUGUUUUCCAGGUUAGUAUUCUGUAAAAAUUGUAAGGUUGAGUUUCCUCCUGAAGUGGAUGUCGUGUAUUGAAACUGUGAUGAGUUGGUGAUGGAUCUUUUGACCUGUGAAGCUGAGUUAAAAAGCCACGUUAGGCUAUAAUCGCGGGAAGCACGUUUUGUCAACAAUUACGCUAGCGGCCGAAUAAGAGGCGUGUAUAUGGUGGCCGUAUGUGUGAAUCUGUGUGCUGGUGUCCUCUCACUCUAAUAACGAUUUAUUUCGGGUUUUUAAGGUAUCCGGACAGACUAUAUAUGCUGCUUAAUGUUAAGAUAGGAUGUUAAUGGGGGUAUGUUGUUUAAAACUUAAAGGGGAGUUAUUUCCUAAUGUUAUACGGAAGCGGUUCGGUGACUGUCCUGGGUUUAAAAAGGUAUAAUAAGUUAAACAGUU